AGGAGGAAAGAAGGGCACUGCUGCACAUGCAUAAACAGUGUCUAAGUUGAUUAGGUGCUGCUUCUACCUGAGAUGUUCAUGUUAACUUAAAAAAUUCCUUUGUUACAUUAUAUCAUUUAAAGUGAAAUUGUCUGUAAUCCUUCCAUCACUUGCUUAUGUACAUAUGUAUUUUUUCAAGAUUGGGUUGCAAUACACAUGGUUUUGUAAUCUGUUAUUAAAACCUAUUUAGGUCUUUGUAUCUGUAUUCAGGGAUAAAUUUCAUAAGAUUUUCGAGGAUGCUGCCAGGUGUGAUACUUUAAUUCUCUAUAGUACUUCAGUAAAUACUCAAAUAUUGAUUUUGCUCUGUAAAUUUUUGUUCUAUUUCUUUUUUUUUCUUCGAUCUGCAUUGUUUUAGUCUCUAUUUUUGAAAUUUCUGUUACAUAUACAUUAGGUCUUUUUAGUCAUUUUUCUGUUUCCUUGAUUUUUUUUCCAUAACGUCCAUUUCUUUUCAUUUUCCUCUUAAUUCAGUGAGAUACUGGUCAGGGUAAGUCUAAGCAGGUGGGUUGGGUCCAUCUUAUCAUAGUGUUGGGACACUGGUCUGCCUCUAAAUCCCUCUUGCUAAGGAGCCUGGGCCCAGUUUUUCUUGAGUCCAUCCUGCUCUUACUGGAUUCCCUCUUUGUUUUGAGGAAGGUUGGUAUUUGUCCAGCUUCCCUCUGGGGAAAUGGGAGUAGGAAAUAUGGAAGUAAAUUUAAUGGCUAAAUUCCACUAAAAAGGGGAAGUGGGAGUAGGAGACAUGAAGGGGGAAGAAAAAUGCCAUCCUAAAUUAGCACUUUGGGAACUCAGAGGCAGGUCAUCCCAUGUCUUUAUUUUUAAAACUCCUGUCAUCUAGCAACACUUUCUUUGGACCAUGAGUUUCCUCUAAAGUGGAACCAAGAAGAGGAAUAAUAAAUAUAUUGAAUUCUAAAAAAAAGCCAUGGCCCAUGGGUUGGUGAUGUUCAAAGAUGUGGCUAUAGACGUCUCUCAGGAGGAAUGGGACUGCCUGAACCCUGCACAGCGGAAUUUGUACAAAGAUGUGAUGUUAGAAAACUAUAGCAACUUGGUUUCACUGGGACUUUCUAUUUCUAAGCCGGCUGUGAUCUCCUCAUUAGAACAAGGGAAGGAGCCCUGGAUGGUUGUGAGGGAAGUAAAAGGAGGCCAGUGUUCAGACUUGUUGUCCAGGUGUGAGCCCAAGAAGUUAUCUCCAAAAAGAGACAUUUAUGAGACAGAAUCAUCCCAAUGGGCUAUUAUAGAACAAUUUAAAAGCCAUAAUCCUGAGAAAUCCAUUUUCAGAGAUAUUUGGGAAUGCAAAAGUCAGUUUGAGGGACAACAGGAGAGCUAUCUCAGGCAGUUUAUUAUCAGCCAUGAACACAUGCCCAUUUUCAGCCAACAUACUUUCCUUACCCGGGAAUUUUAUAAUAGAGAGAAAAUAUUUGAAUGUAAAGAUUGUAGAAAAAACUUCAGUUACAAUUUAUUCUUUAGUCAUCACAAGAGAACGCAUUCUAAAGAAAAACUUUCCAAAUGUAAGAAAUGUACAGAAACUGUUAAUACAUCAAACCUUAAACAACAGAGAAUUCAAAGUAAUAGCAAGAGCAGUGAAUGUCAAGAAUGUUGGAAAGCCUUUAUUCAUUGCUUACAACCUAAACAUCUGAGAACUCAUAAUGGUGAAAAACGCUAUGAGUGUGAAGAAUGUGGAAAGACCUUUAAUUAUGGCUCAGAACUUACUCUACAUCAAAGAAUUCACACUGGUGAGAAACCCUAUGAAUGUAAGGAAUGUGGGAAGGCCUUUAGGCAGCGAUCACAGCUUAGUCAACAUCAGAGACUUCAUACUGGUGAAAAACCCUAUGAAUGUAAUCAAUGUGGGAAGGCUUUUAUUCGUGGCUUUCAACUUACUGAACAUCUACGACUCCAUACUGGUGAGAAACCCUAUGAAUGUAGAGAAUGUGGAAAGACUUUUAGGCAUCGCUCACACCUCACCAUACAUCAGAGAAUUCAUACUGGUGAGAAACCAUAUGAAUGUAGAGAAUGUGGGAAGGCAUUUAGCUACCACUCGAGCUUCUCUCACCAUCAGAAAAUUCAUUCCGGCAAAAAACCUUAUGAAUGUAGUGAAUGUGGGAAGGCCUUUUGUGAUGGCUUACAGCUUACCCUACAUCGGAGGAUUCAUACUGGUGAAAAACCCUAUGAAUGUAAGGAAUGUGGGAAGACUUUUAGACAAUGUUCACACCUCAAAAGACAUCAGAGAAUUCAUACUGGUGAGAAACCUCAUGAAUGUAUGAUAUGUGGUAAGACCUUUAGACUUCAUUCACACCUUAUUCAACAUCAGAGAAUUCAUACUGGUGAGAAGCCAUAUGAAUGUAAGGAAUGCGGGAAAGCCUUUAGCUAUCAUUCAAGCUUCUCACACCAUCAGAGAAUCCAUUCCAGGAAGAAAUCUUAUGAAUGUGGAAAGGCUUUUAAUCAUGGUUUAUGAUUUAAUCUACAUCAAACAGUUCAUAUUGAAACACCAGUAGGGUUUUCUCUCUUCCCAUCCUAGUCUUACAUCAUGAAAUUGUUUUUGGAGAUACACAUUUUUUUCUUUCAACGAAAAAGUAGGUGAAAAUGAAUUUUAUUAUUUUCAUUAUUAAAUGAUUUAAUUAUUGAAAAUCAAUUUUCUGCAAGAGAAAAUGUAAAAAUUACUAAAAGUUUUAAAUUACUCUAGUUUUAGUGCUGUGUCUGAGUUAUUAGAAUAACCAGUAUUGGAAAUAAAUUUUAUAAAACCAUAUGUUUUCGCUAAAACCAAUAAAGUUUCACUAAAACCAUUUAAUGACAAUUAAAAUGAAAAAAAAUUUCUUCCCACACAUCUCUCAGAACAAAUAUAUGUGUGUUUCUCCUUUCUUCAUGCUCAAACAUACCUGCAUGUAUGAAGGAUUUAUUGGAAGAGAUUUUACUGUGUGUAAAGGAAGAGUUUCAUGUGUAUGGAAGAGGUUUUUACCCCUUAUAGUGACAUUUCAUGGCAAUUUGCCUUUUCCAUUUAAAUAAUCGACAUUUUUCUGAUGAAUAUGUAUAGAUCAAAUUCAAUUUUUAAGGCUUCAGAAUAUUUAUAGUAUGGGAUGUAUGUCAGUAUUCUGAGCCAUUCUUAUAGACAUUCAAAUUGUCUCUACUUUUUUGCCAAAAAUGAUAAUACAAUAAACAUUCUUACAUGUCACUCUCUUAUUUCUGUUGGG